UUCAUUACAAGCUCCAUUUCUCGAGACUCCAUUUAGCUUUACCUUACGACACCAUCUCCGGUCCUGAAGCCUCAACCCCACCAUUUUCACUGUCAGAUCAUGAGGGACGCCUUUCCCAUCCAACGACUCACGUCCACCGUAAACCAACCGGUAAACGUUGCCCAAAUUGUGCUAAACGGCAAACGCCACGCCAUCAUGCUUUUCCCACCACUUCACGAUUAACGAAUACAGAAUAUAUUAUAGUGGUGCUAGUAGACCAGUAUAAGACUAUAGUCCUCCAGCUCCAUUCCACUCAUUCACCACCUCACAACGCUAAUCGAAUUUCCUUGGCUUCCUAUUGUCCCAGGUCUCAUCUCUCCUCUGGCAGGUGGACAACCUACUAAUGAUAAAGCGACCAUUUUGGAGAAAAUUGCACUGAUUUGUAAUCUGGUCUGUUUUCUACAUGGUCAAAAAUCGGAAAUUUGCUCCAGAGCCUAGAGCAGAUGUUUUCUGCGAUUAAUGCACUUGCUUCUCCCCUGCCUGUUACCAUCUCUGUUGCUUGACAAUGGCCAACGACAAUGGACAAGGUGCUGGAAAAAGUUCAGGAAACUCUGGUGUUGUCCUAAAUGAACGAAUUCUCUCCUCCAUGUCACGAAGAUCUGCUGCUGCUCAUCCCUGGCAUGACUUGGAAAUCGGGCCAGGAGCACCAUCAAUUUUUAACUGUGUGGUUGAAAUUGGAAAAGGCAGCAAAGUGAAGUAUGAGCUUGACAAAGCUACUGGGCUUAUUAAAGUUGAUCGAGUUCUUUACUCUUCAGUAGUCUACCCACAUAACUAUGGCUUCAUUCCUAGAACAAUUUGUGAAGAUAGUGACCCCAUGGACGUUCUAGUCCUCAUGCAGGAACCUGUGCUGCCUGGAACUUUCUUACGUGCUCGUGCUAUUGGUUUGAUGCCUAUGAUUGAUCAGGGUGAGAAGGAUGACAAAAUCAUAGCUGUAUGUGCUGAUGAUCCUGAGUUUCGCCACUACAAGGACAUUAAGGAUCUUCCUCCACAUCGCCUUGCUGAAAUCCGCCGCUUCUUUGAGGACUACAAAAAGAAUGAGAACAAGUCAGUUGCGGUUGAAGACUUCCUGCCAGCUGCAGUGGCUGUUGAAGCUAUCAAGUAUUCCAUGGAUCUGUAUGCUUCCUACAUCGUCGAAAGUUUGAGGCAGUGAAAGGCUUCAAGCGUUUGCAAGCAUAAGAAUGUAUUUAAUUUUCAGAAUCUGACGCUGCUAUGAUCCUGGCAACAUGCCUAGUCUGGAUGUUAUAACUUUUAAGUAUAUAGUGAUGUUGAGGUCUAUAUGGCAGUUUGCCAUGCCUUGUGAACACUCAAGUGUCAAAAGUAUGUGUAGUCUGGGAUUGCCCAGCGAAAACGGUUAGUUAUAAAGUGCCUUCUGGCAGUUACAGCUUCUUUUUUUUUGUUUUUUGGUGGGGGGGAGAGUACGAAUAGCUUGUUUUGCUUGCUUCUCCUGAUGUUGUCCAUGAAAGGGUCUUGGUUGAUGUUACAGGCAUCACAAAAACGUGGACAACAAUAAUGCCUUUGAAGUUUAGCUACAAAAAUGUGAUGAUUUACUCCAGAAACAGCUGAGGGACUAUUUAAGCUUUCGGAAUACGUGAAAAUUGAGUUCCAGAAAAGCUUAGGGACAUAAAUAAUUAAUGCU